CGCGGAGCCGCGUCCCGGAAGCCAGCGAAGAGAGGCGCGUGAGUCAUCAGAGAGUGCCAGGACCCGGAAGCCGGCAAAGAGCACAGAGGAGCCUGAGUCAUCAGAGAGCGCCGCAUCCCGGAAGCCGGGGAGGAGGGACGCGUGAGUCAUCAGAGAGCGCCACAACCCGAGCCGGAAGCGAUGGAGAUUUUAACAGGGGAUUCCAUUACCACAUGCCUUUCUCCUUUAGUGUAUGACUUGAUUUGUAACCUUGGGUUUGAACUCACAGAAAUUUGUGAUAUCAAUAGCAUUGUAACUCAAAAUGGUGAAGUACGAUGGAAAGCAAUCACAGACCAUGUGAGCUACGUAGAAGUAGGGCAAACUCUGGACUACAAGAGAAGUGUGUUGCAGUUGGGUCCUGUGUGUGAGGCCAUCCAUCUACACAUCUCAUCUCUGACCAGAGCACAGUUUGAAAUUCGGUAUUCACCAUGGUACCAGUGGACAACUCAUCCAGAGUUGUUUCUUGAGACAUUUGAUGCCUUGGAAAGCUCGCAGUCUGCUGCCGUCUCCCUCAGCGUGAUGAAACUGGCUUCCUGUCUGGAACGAGCUUUGGGCGAUGUAUUUUUACUGAUUGGGAAAGAGUGCCCCUUUCUCCUAAGAGAUCUUCUUGCAUCUGCAGAGCUUGCACAAGUCUUUGGACAUGCUGUGAUGGACGUACUUAAAGUCUUCAUUGGGUCUCCCUGCGGACUCAACCUGAGAAACGUCUUGUGGCAUGGCUUUGCUUCUCCUCAAGAUAUUCCUCCAAAAUACUGUUCAGCCAUGUUGCUGUUGACGGCAGGACUGGGUCAGUUACUGAAGAGUUACCUUCACCACACAAAAGUCACAUUGGCACAUCGAUCCUUUGUAACACUCACAAACUUAGAGGAUGUGAUGGUUUUUCCUGGUGUGACUUACGAGGUACUAUCAGCAUUAGAGACAGUGAUGACGAAAUCCAGCUUUCUAUUAAAAAUCAUGUUGCCAUAUUGGGAAUUGGCAGUGAGCAAGUUCAAGUCCCACAGGUUUGCUGACUGCACCAUGUUGUUGCUGCCACAGCUAGAAGCUGGACUCAGGAGAGUUUUUGCUGCAGUUAACAAAUGUCCUGAUAGACUGCUCACAGCUGAGUCAACAAUUCUAUAUACCACGUUUGAUGAAAUACUGGCAAAACACAUGAAUGAUGGUAGCAUCAACCAGCUUCCUUGUUUCCUUGGAGAGCCUGCCAUGGAAUUCUUGUGGGAUUUCCUGAACUAUCAGGAGGGCCCUCGUAUCCGGGAUCGUUUAAGCCAUGGAGAGAUCAACAUACGUGAAUUUCCAGAAGCAGCAGCAAGCCAGCUGCUCACAUUCUCCCUGGUGCUCUUGCUCAGAUUCACUGAGGAGGACACACUGUCAGAACUGAAGGAGGAAGCAGCAGUACGGCUGCUGGUUAGUCUUGCAGAAGGAUAUAGGUCUCGCUGCCACCCAGCCUUCCAGCUUCAAAAACAGGUGCUGAGCUGUGAGAGGAGCCUCAGGAUGUGGCCUGUGCCGCCUUUGCCAGAAGAGUGUUGUCAGGAAGCCAGCAGAUUGGAAGGUAAUUCUGAAGCAUGUGCCUGCAACUCUUUAAUUAGCAAGAUUUUGUGUGAGCUCUGCCACUACCUGCCUGAGAGUGCCUGUGCUAUGAAUGGCUUGGAUGGUCUUCCCUCAGAGAAGUGGUCCCAGCUGCUCAAUGAACUCUGCAGCACACGCAUUCCUACACUGUUCUGCCCCAGAAUCGUUCUAGAAAUUCUAGUUGUGCUCCGAGGCAUCAGCUCCAAAUGCCAGCGCAUAUCUGACCAGGUCACUGCCUCUUUGCAGCUGAGACACAGGCAAUGGGUGGAGCGUAGGUUGCGCUCAAGACAGCGUCAGAACUAUGUGCGCAUGCUCAGCAGUGUUGGACUUUUGUGCCCCGUGCUUUCCCUGAUUUCGUUGCUCCUUGCACUGGAAUUGGUCAGUGUUCAUGCUGUUCAUGGUAAAGGUGCUCAGGAACAACAGCAGUAUCUGAGGUUCUUAAAAUUGGUCCUACAAUACACUGAGAACCUGGUGGCCUAUACCAGCCGAGAGAAGAACAAAUGGAAUGAAGCUGUCACUCUUACACAUGCAGUUUUGUUGAGAAUUUGGACUUUCAGUGAGAAGAAACAAAUGUUAAUACAUUUAGCCAAAAGAAACCACAAAUAAAGUUGAUACAAGCUGACAAAGAAAUCGCAAAUCAAGCUAUUUUUGGUUGUGAGCUAUAGAGGAGACCUUGGUAGCAGCUGCACGUCCUGUCUAUCCCAUUGAGUUUUACCCUCCACAGCCCCCAACACAUGGUCAACUCUGGAUGAAAGUAAAAAUACCAACUUGCUGUUCAUCACUUGGGAUUUAAUUGUUCCCUCAGAAUUAAUACCUUAUCUUUUAAAGGAACAAUAUCUACAUGGUGCCAUGUCUUCAGUGAGCCACAUAAAGGACACAUGGUCCAUAGACAUAUGCUCUACAGCACUUCAAGGACAUCUGGUUCUCAUGGAUGAUGACCUGUCCUUGUGUGUCACAUCAGGAUCUCGGGAUCCUGUAACCUUCAUUGCAUCACUUCAAGGGAGUGGAAUCUACAUGUAUCAGAUACAUAAUUCAUGUACAUGCCUUUGUCAGCCCAUCCUUCCAAGGAUACAUCUAUCUUUUUGUGUAUUGUCACUUGUUGCAUAGCAGCAAGAGGCCCAUGAGGUCUGUUCUGUUACUGUAGUGUGGAAGUUGAUAGCCACCCCAACAGGGCAAGGCCAGAGUCCUUUACUAUGUGGUAUCUCUGUCUUUUGAAAUUAAUUAACCCUCUCCACACUUCACCACAAACUAUCAGGACUUGCCUCUGAACCUGCUUUGUUAAUUAAAUGAUUUUUAAAAAUA